AUGCCACGAAUAGCUUCUUCGAAUACUUUUCGUACAUUAACGCCCACUUAUGAUGAGCGUUCAAUAACCACAAAUUAUUCUUAUCAUGCUUCUACCACUAUUUCUCCUUCGAUAACACCACCUAUUAAGAAAUCAAAACAACCGCCAACCACUUCAACUGCAAUAGUGACGGUUACAACGCCUUCAAAUGCGGCUGAUGGAGAAACUGCUGGUAAACAAACUGUUGAAGCUUCACCUGAAUCACCAAUGGAAAAAGUCCAACCACAACAAGCAGCCAGCCAUCAAUGGAUCGGGAUUUUAUGUCUACCAACAAGAAGUAGCGAUCAAUAA